AACAUAUGAUAGUCCAAAGUUGCUGUGUUUGGCUGGUUUAAAGGAUUUGAUUGAUUAAUUUUGCUUGUGUGAAUGUGAGCAGGCAAGGCACACACCUCACUCAUUUUUCUGCAAACCACAGCUUGAGGAAACUGGCUGUUUGAUCAUAAGGAAGGAGGUAUGCAUGCAGUUAAGAACUUGGCUCUGAAGUCAGGGCCGUCCGGGUUGAGUCCUGCUGUAAGAUUUACUGGCCAUGUGACCUUGAGCAAUGAAAUAAUGUUUUUACAGUCCUUACCACAGUGUUUGGCUCACAAUAAGAACUCAACAGUUGGUAGCAAUAAUUAUUAACAUUCGAUUUGCCACAAAUAGUAAUAUUAUCAUUGUCCUGCCCUAGUACUGUCAUUAAGUCAUGACUAAGGCAUCACCGUGGAUUUGUACACUGUGUGCAAGAAAAGUAACCAACAAAGACCAGCCCUAUGAGGUCAUCGGGGAAGACCUCAUUCUCUUCAUUGGACAGAUAAAAAAAAAAAACAAAACACCCACACUUAACACAGGGAAGAGACCUGCUCCCAGUCACGUAGCUAGUAAGAGCAGAGCCAAGACUUAAACCAGAACUUCUGAUGCCAGUUCUCUUUCCACUACACUGCAUGGCCUCUGGGCAUUAGCAUUUCCAGGCUUUAUAGUCAUCCAAGUUUGUAAAAUCAAAUAGGAGUUAGGAUUACAGAUAUGCACACUGGGACUAACUGUUCCCCUCUCUCCAUUCAUAGGCGCUUGGGAUUGUGGGCCCCUGGGGCAUUCCACCCAGGCUGCAGAGCACAUGGAUGUGGCUACUCUCCCCAGACUGCCCCCUGCCAUGGGGACAGACUGGCUCCUAGGGAGAGCAAAGUGUUCUUUUAUAGAGUAUCUGCUAUAUCCCUCAGGACUGGACUGGGAAUGCUAGCUGCCCCCCUGAACUCCAAAAGCCAAAGAUGCUUGUAGAUGUGUCCCUUGAAAACUGAAUACACUUACCACUUGAGCAAACAUCUGGGUGUGCUAAGGCUCUGAAGUGUGGUUCUCAGUGCAAACUGCCAAAGCAGAUAAUACAUAAAGUACUCCAAGAGUCAUAGACAGUCCAAGCUCAAUAAACCGAGGCCUUAUUUUAAUCUGAACUGUUUAUUUUAUAGAAAAGGAAAUCCGGGCAUAGAAACAUCCUUAAGAUAUUUGUCAUCACUACAGGGAGCCAUUUUUGACAUAAGCCAUCUUUAGUGACUACAAUAUCUCCUCAAAUGGGAUGAUUGGAUGGAAGUCAGUCUGGGGACUUUGUGUAAUAGGAGCCCUAAGAGAGGCCAUAUAGAGCUGCCAGGCACACUGUAAUGCAUUGAGGAUGAAGAGAUGAACAACCACACAGCACCUAUCCUUGAAAAGCUUACAGUGAGGAACCGGACGCUAGCUUCCCCAAGAAUGAGGAAUCAGCAACAUGACAGAAGAUAUCAAGACUAAAAUCAAGAAUUACCAGACUGCCACUUUUGACAGUCACUUCCCCAACCAGAAGCAGACCAGGAACUGUUGGCAGAACUACUUGGACUUCCAUCACUGUGAGAAGGCAAUGACUGCUAAAGGGGGUGAUGUCUCUGUGUGCAAAUGUUACUGGCAUGUGUACAAAUCCCUCUGCCCCACAUCCUGGGUGUUGGCCUGGGAUGAUCGCAGAGCAGAAGGCACAUUUCCUGGAAGAUGUAAACUGGCACCACCUCACCUCUCCUCUGUCCUCCAUCCUUCUUCCAGGAAGGUAGGUAAAGGGGGACCUGGAUACAUCCCACCCUGAGAUCCUGAAUCAUGGCUUAACUAACAAUAUAUACUUAUCUAAAAAAGUGAAGAAAAAAACCCAAAAACUUACAGUGACAAAACAGGAUGUUACAACCUAAAUAGAGGUAUUUGCAGAUACAAUAUCAAGCCCUCUUUGCAUAUCACUGCGUAUACAUAUCACCCUGAAUGCUACCACUAAGUUAAUUAGGAAAACCAAGUCCCUAGGCACAUGUCUUUAACAAAAUGUUGUCCAUGAAGAUUUCUAAAUUUGGUCCUCCCCAGCUGACUUUAUUUUGAGAGGUGACUUUCUGCUGUCAUCACCCAAGGUCCUCCACAUUUACUCCAUAUUCUUGUCCACUCUGCACAAGGGUCAUUCCUUGCCUGGAGUGCACUCCUUUCAUGGUCCACCCAGAACAGUAAUUUCACGGGGAAAGCAAGUGGGUGAAGAUUUGGGGGGUGACUUUUCUAGGUGGCUGGUGAGUAGUGUUUCAAUUCCCUACAAAUCAGCAAAUAUAAAGAAAAUACAAAUUAGAUCCCGUUUUCUUUCUUAGCUGAUCAUGACUUCCGAGCAAGGCCAGAGCUCUUAUGCUCAGCAUCUCUGGUCCAUCAGCCUCAAGGGCACCUUUCAGUUCCACAUGGACCAUAAGCACAAAGAUACCAAAAGUAUAGAUAUUACUUUUCCCAUUGGUCUGCCUUUUGUAGAAAUUUCCAGGAACUGUUAUUUUUCCAUCCCUCUUUCCUAACAUAUGAGCUUUCCUGCCCUCCCUUACACAUUUUUCUCUCGAAGCCCAGUCGUCAAGCCUUUAGGUCUGCUGCUGAUUGUCCCAGAUGUAUUGUUUCUUCUUGGAGAGACAUUGAUUCCAGAGCCUGACUGGGAAUGAAUCUCACCUCCACUUAGUAGCUGUAGGAUUCAAGUUACUCUUACUCAGUUAUUACAUCUAUAAAUGGGGAUUUACCACGUUUCCUUCCAGAGUUAACAUCAUGGGCUUCCAAUUUGCUAGCUUGGAUCACUGACCCUUGCUAGCUGACUUCCUACUGUAAUUGAUCACCAUCCAGACACGUGGUUGUGGCACCUCAAGCAGAACCAUCUACAUACAUCUGGGUUUAUGCACUCUGUAGAAGACAUCAAACUAUGAACUUAUUAUUUGUGCCUUUUUUCUGUAUAUAUGUUAAACUUUAAUAAAAUAUUUACUUUAAGAUUUUGCAUUUAUGUUAAAUCCACUUAGCUAUACAGGAUCUAC